AACCUCAAUAACAGUUAGCCACCUCUUUCAUAUUAACAAAAACGUGUUCCAUUUUUCGUUUUACCGACUUCAUAAUUGAUUAAAACCCUAGAGUUUUUUGUAAUUUUUAUUUUCGAUCUAUUAUCUUAAUAUAUAAUUUCAAAAUGUCCGACAUUGAAGAUACUGUAGAAGCUGGAGAGCAUGGAGAUAUGUAUAACCUUUUAAAAGAAGUGUUGAAAAACGCUCAAGUUAAUGGAAGUCUACUUCAUGGAAUUCAUGAGGGUGCUAAAGCAUUAGAAAAGAAAUUGGGUGUAUUGUGUGUAUUGGCUAACAAUUGUGAAGAAGCUAUGUACAAAAAACUAGUUACUGGAUUAUGUGCAGAGAAUAGUAUUCCUCUUAUUGAAGUUGACAGCAAUAAAACUCUUGGUGAAUGGAGUGGUUUAUGUAAGUACGACAAUAAUGGUCAAGCCAGGAAAGUAGUAGGUUGUUCUUGUGUGGUUGUCAAACAUUUUGGUGAUGAUACUCAAGAAUUAGAUACGUUGUUAGAGAUUUUGAAAAAGAAAAACUUUGCGUAAACUAUAAUAAAUUAAAAAUCUUUGAUUUAAAUGUUCA